CGUCUUUAUGACAAAUUACAUUGAGAUAAACCAAAGGGAAAAAACUUUGUUAAGUUAAAUGUAGUUUGCUAGGGGGCAAGAGUACGUACCUGGAAUUUAUGGACGAUGUUAUUGACCUUUGCUUUAUGAGGUGAUUUUUUUUUUUUUUUUCCUUCCACAUCAACUAACUGGGCAUAACCUUAGAAUGUCUUUGAAAUUGCAGGUCAAAGUCACCACAUGAAACCACUUUAAAGUAUGUGGGCCAUGUACGUUAGAAAGUAUUUUUUGAAAGCUGCCAAUUAAAGUGACUAAACCUAUUGACAUAAGGAAAGGAAUCUUCCGGAAGGGUGCGAUUCUUAAAGUGUGGGUUGCACCAGAGAAAAAAGAGGCAAAGGAAUGGAGGGCCUGGCUCUGGAAGUUUCGCUUGCGAGCCAGGGGAAUUCUGGCUUCCUUCAAACUUCCUUCAAACAGGCCAUCUGGACUAGGAUGUAAGUUUUAUUCGAGAAGUAGUGUCGGGUGUCCCGUUUUGUGUUCCUUUACUGACAUUCCAAGCGGGUGGGACACACCCCACCCAGCCUCGCUCAGGCAAUUCUUUCCUGAAAGACUAGUCUCAGAUUUUUACCAUCUUCACACACUUGGAGGCAAUGAGAAAUUUUUGUUUCCGAGAUUCCAAGUCCACGGCAAUAGUGGCCGAUAAGAGGAAGAAAGCCACUCCUCCGCGAAAUGCCAGAGGGUUCCCGGCCGGAUUCCAGGCCCAGGCUCCGGGAGCAUGCGCAGCUCGUCGUGUCAUGUGAUUCACGUGAUUCACGCGCUGACUGCUGGGAGCCCUCGGAGACUGCGCACUCGAGCGCGCCAACCCGGCCUCUUCAUUCCCGCGCUUUCGCCGACGAGGAAGGUCGCGACGACAUCUCUUGCCUCCAGAAUAUGAUGGCAAGUCACACUGUAAAAACUGAUACUAGAAAUUGCAAGAGACCAAGAGAACUGGAGGCUCAAAUGCCAGAUAGUCCACAACUGUCCUCUCUUGGAAAAUCAGAUUCUUCUUUCUUGGAAAGCUCUGGACUAUUUUAUAAAGAUGAAUCCCUGGAGAAAGAUUUGAAUGUUUUGAAGAAAUACAUGGAUAGUAGUCAUCAGAAGAGGACAACCUUCAGUAAGCGUGAGGGGCUUCCAUGUAUUGCACCGCUACUAACCACGGUGGAGGAGAUGCCACAGAUGGUCUCUGCUCGAGUCCGAGGACAUUUUCCCAAGUGGCUCAGUGGCUAUCUACUUCGAACAGGGCCCGGGAAAUUCGAGUUUGGGAAGGAUAAGUACAAUCACUGGUUUGAUGGAAUGGCUUUGCUUCACCAGUUCAGGAUGGAGAAGGGCACAGUGACCUAUAGAAGCAAGUUCCUACAGAGUGAUACAUAUAAGGCCAAUAGUGUUAAUGACCGAAUUGUGAUCUCAGAAUUUGGCACAUUGGCUCUCCCUGAUCCAUGCAAGAAUGUUUUUGAACGUUUCAUGUCAAAGUUUGAGCUGCCUGCAAUAACUGACAAUACCAAUGUCAACUAUGUGCGGUACAAGGGUGACUACUAUGUUAGCACUGAGACCAACUUUAUGAAUAAAGUGGACAUUGAAACUCUGGAAAAAACAGAAAAGGUAGACUGGAGCAAAUUUAUUGCUGUAAAUGGAGCAACUGCACAUCCUCAUUAUGACCCAGAUGGAACAGCAUACAACAUGGGGAACUCCUAUGGGCCACAUGGUUCUUGCUAUAAUGUUAUUCGGGUUCCUCCAGAGAAGGUGGAUCUUGGGGAGACAAUCCACGGAGCCCAGGUGAUAUGUUCUAUUGCCGCUAAAGAGAGGAUGAAACCUUCUUACUAUCAUAGCUUUGGAAUGACAAGGAACUAUAUAAUCUUCAUUGAACAGCCCCUAAAGAUGAAUUUGUGGAGAAUCGUCACUUCUAGAAUUCGGGGAAAGGCCUUUUCAGAUGGCAUAAGCUGGGAACCCCAGUAUAAUACACGGUUUCAUGUGGUGGAUAAGCACACUGGACAGCUUCUUCCAGGAAUGUACUACAGUAAACCUUUUGUUACUUUUCAUCAAAUCAAUGCCUUUGAGGACCAGGGCUGUGUUGUAAUUGAUUUGUGCUGUCAGGAUGAUGGAAGAAACCUGGAAGUUUACCAACUACAGAAUCUCAGGAAAGCUGGGGAAGGGCUUGAUCAGGUCUAUAAUUCAGUAGGCAGAUCUUUCCCUCGAAGAUUUGUUUUGCCCUUACAUGUCAGUUUGAAUGACCCUGAAGGAGAGAACCUCAGCCCAUUGUCCUAUUCUUCAGCCAGUGCUGUGAAACAAGCUGAUGGAAAGAUUUGGUGCUCUUAUGAAAGUCUACAUCCCGAGGAUCUAGAGGAGGAAGGAGGCAUUGAAUUUCCCCAGAUCAACUAUGGCCAAUUCAGUGGCAAAAAGUAUCGUUUCUUCUAUGGCUGUGGCUUUCGGCAUUUGGUGGGGGAUUCUCUGAUCAAGGUUGAUGUGGUGAAUAAGACACUGACGAUUUGGAGAGAAGAUGGCUUUUACCCCUCGGAACCGGUGUUUGUUCCAGCACCAGGAACCAGUGAAGAAGAUGGUGGGGUUAUUCUCUCUGUGGUGAUCACCCCCGACCAGAAUGAAAAAAAUUUUCUCCUAGUCUUGGAUGCCAAGAACUUUGAAGAACUGUGCCGAGCAGAAGUGCCUGUGCAAAUGCCUUAUGGGUUCCAUGGUACCUUUGUAACCAUCUGAUGGAGCAAAUCGAAACGCCUGGAAACUAGCUUUAAAAUGAACGUGCUCUUUAUAAAAGGGAGAACAAAAAGGGCACCUUCCCUCCCAAACUGUAGACACCUGGUUUUAAAUUUCUAUUAUAAACAGAAUUCUUGGAGAUAAUAAUGGUUUUAUAAUUUCUUAGAGCUUUUUCUUAAAAACAUAAAGCAAGUGUUGAUACAAC